AUGGUUCAUAUUGCUAAUGAAUUUGAGGUUCUUUAUUACGUGCUUCCUAUCUUGCUUUUAGUUUUCAUCUUGAACAACUUUACAGUUUACGCACAACAUAAUGAAAAUACUAUCGACUCCUCUUUGCAACUUCCACCUUUAUAUUCUGUUGGACCUGUUUUAAACUUUAAAAAGAAUAUUGAUAUUAUGGAUCAUGUAGAUGUAUUGAAGUGGCUUGAUGAUCAGCCUCCAUCAUCGGUGGUGUUUUUGUGCUUUGGAAGUUGGGGAAGCUUCGAAAAGGACCAAGUGGAGGAGAUUGGACGAGUGCUAGAGCAAAGCGGAGUUCAUUUCAUUUGGUCCCUCCGGAAAUUUGGGAUGAAAUGGAUUAAAAUAACAAUUGACUAUACAAACUUUGAAGACAUCUUAUCGGAGGGGUUUCUUGAUCGAACGAAAUAUGUUGGUAAAGUCAUUAGUUGGGCACCACAAGUGGAGAUAUUAGCCCAUCCUGCCACAGGUGGGUUCGCGUCGCAUUGUGGUUGGAAUUCAAUUUUGGAAAGUUUAUGGCAUGGUGUGUCGAUGGUAACAUGGCCACAAUAUGCAAAGCAACAAUUCAACGCGUUUGAGCUGGUAGUAGAAUUGGGAUUGGCUGUGGAGAUCAGUAUAGGUUAUUGUAUUGAAUAUAGAAGACAAGCCAAACCAAGAAUAAUAAGGGCAGAAGAGAUAGAAAGAGGGAUUAGAAAGUUGAUGGACCAUAAUGAUAACGAGAUUAGAAAGAGAGUGAAAACAAAAAGUAAAGAAUGUCGAAAAAGUGUAAUAGAAGGUGGAUCAUCCUUCAUCUCAUUGAGCAAAUUUAUAGAUGACGUUUUGGCGAAUUUGCUAGGGGGAGAAAUGUAA